AUGGAUAGGUUAGACUAUGACAGCAAAAUUCAGGCUCUUCUUGCUGAUAGGAGUGUGUACAAACCCGUCAACUACAAUCCUACUGCCAGGGUCACAACACGUCUGAGGAAGCUCAUCAAAGAACACGAGGAGUUGUUUACUGGGGACGACUUUACCAAUCUUCAUAGGCCAAAAGUGGUACAACCACCGAAGUUGUAUGGGCUACCAAAGGUGCACAAGUCUGGCAUACCCUUGAGGCCUAUUGUUAGUCAGAUUGGAUCUCCUUCAUACCACUUAGCGAAGCAUGUUGCGGGUGUAUUGCAAACGCUAGUAGGGAAGACUACGUCGUUUGUAAAGGACUCUCGUCAUUUUAUUGACAUUGUGAAGACCAUAAAAUUGGAACCAGAGGAGAUUAUGGUGAGUUUCGACGUGGAGUCGUUAUUCACCAAUGUUCCAUUAAGGGAGUGUCUGGGCAUUGUUAAGACGAAACUCGUGGAGAACGGUCAUCCUGAGGGGUACGUCACGCUGUUGGAGCAUUGUCUGGAGGGGAAUUAUUUCCUCUACCAUGGACAGUUUUAUCUGCAGGUGGAUGGAGUAGCAAUGGGCAGUCCAGUAGCCCCAGUAAUUGCUAACAUAUGGAUGGAGCAUUUUGAAGAGUUAGCAUUACGCUCCGGACCGCCUGUGAUUACACUGUGGAAGAGAUACGUAGAUGACGUGUUCUGCAUUUUGAGGGGCAGCUCCGAUACAGUGGAACGGUUCGUUGACCAUUUAAACUCCAUCCAUCCAAAGGUAAAGUUUACCUUCGAGAUGGAGAGCGACAGAUCCCUACCUUUCCUGGAUGUAAAGUUGAAAGCUAAACCAGAUGGAACCCUGGCACACUCCGUAUACAGAAAGCCCACCCACACUGACAGGUACCUGCAAGCUUCUUCCCAUCAUCAUCCGAGACAUCUGCAAUCGGUGGUCACAUCCCUGGUUAACAGGGCUCGAGACUUAUGUGACUCUGAACACUUAGACGAGGAGUUAGCCCAUGUUCAGAAGGUGCUGAGGAAAAAUGGGUAUUUGCAGACAAUCCCGCGCAAGACUAAGAAGGGGAGAGACAUCCGCAGGUUGACAGGCAACCAGCCUUUUUGCCGUAUGUGA